AAGUCAUUGAAGUUCACACCUUGUCCAUUGGCAACCAGAGCCUUUUUUCCCUAACCACAGUGAGUUAGGAUGGCCCUGAGAGGGCCUUCUCCUUCAGGUGAGCUUUGGGAGAAAGAGGGCUAGGGAAGCCAUCCUGAGCAGAGGGAUCCUGAUGGACAGAGGCAGUGAGGACAGAGUUAUUUAAGGAGGCGCGAGAGGGUCUUGUCACCAAGGGCUCCACUACCUGCUGAGACGUGUCUAGGGGAGGGGAGAGUGUAUGGUCAACUCACCCUUACCCAAGACACAUUCUGGCCAGCCAGAGGCUGCCUUGUCUUCACGCACUUGCGUUUCCUGGCCCUCAAGGUAUCUGUGCCUGAGACACACGUGCAUCAGGACUCAUGAAGGAAAACUGACUGAUGGCUCAUUGUGGAGUCUCCUGGGAAGUCUGCGAGGGCUGGGGGACCCAAGUGGGUGCGGAAAGCUGGUCCAGGCCCUGCCACUCCCAGGGCAAGUGGCAUCCCCCUCGGUGCCUGUCCCAUGAGGCACCAUUGACCUUCAAGGAUGUGUUCGUGACCUUCACCCGGGAGGAGUGGGAAUUCCUCUACCCAGCUCAGAAGACCCUGUACCGGAAGGUGAUACUGGAGACCUGUAAGCUCUUGGUCUCACUGGGGUACCCUGUUCCCAAACCAGAACUGAUCUGCCUGCUGGAGCCUGGGCAGGAGCUGUGGACGGUGAAGAGAGGCCUUGCCCAGAGCACCUCCCCAGAUGACAAAGCAAAAACCAAGACUGCAGAACCUCCUGCUUCUCAGCCAGCCUCGUCCAAGGGAUGCUUACUCCACAGGUCACCGACUCAUGAAGACUCCAGUGUUUCCAAGCUGGGGCGAGCCACGAAACAAAAAGGACCAUCAGAAAAACAGGGAGCGCUCCUGUGGACAGGGACAGUCCCCCACAUGGAAAUCCUCCAUAGAAAGAUAAGCUCUGACUGUGAUGGUUUGGGAACAGGUGACAGUCUGUGCUCAGAGGAUUUACAGGUGCGAGUCUCUCCUGAAGAUGCUGUCCGUGAGUGUGAAUCACGCCAAUCAAGGAAAGACCCCUUGGUUCAUGGAGAGAAGAACUAUAAAUGCAAGGAAUGUGGGGAAAAGUUUAUGGAGAAUCGCUUCCUUCUUCAACAUCAGCGGAUUCACACUGGAGUGAAAUCCUAUAAAUGCGAAAAGUGCGGGAAAGCUUUUCUCAAGAAGGCAGACUUCGCUAGACAUUACAGCAUUCAUGUCAGGGAAAAACCCUAUGAGUGCUUCGAGUGCAGGAAGGCUUUCAGCCGCAGGUCACACCUCAUGGAACACCAGCGGAUCCACACUGGAGAGAAGCCUUACAAGUGCGGGCAGUGUGGGAAGGCUUUCAGCCGCAGGUCCCACCUCACAGAGCACCAGCGCAUUCACAGCGGAGAGAAGCCCCACGUGUGCAGUGAGUGUGGGAAGGCCUUUGCCCACCACUCUGACUUUAUUCGGCAUAGUAGAAUCCACAGUGGAGAAAAACCCUUUGAGUGCCAAGAAUGUGGGAAAGCUUUUUGUGACAGCUCUUCCGUAACUCGACACAUGCGGUGUCACUCCAGGGAGAAGCCCUAUGAGUGCAGUGAGUGUGGAAGGACCUAUAGCUACAGCUCAACCCUCAUGACCCAUCAGAAGAGUCACAGCAGAAUGAAAUCCUACAAGUGUAAGAGGUGUGGGAAGGCCUUUGACCAGAAGGCAGACCUCAGCCAACAUCAGCAAACUCAUACUGGGGACAAGCCUACUUAAAGUCACUACUGUAGCAAAUCGUUUGGCCAGAGGAACAAUAUUCCUUGGCACCUAGGAGUUCAUAUCCAAGAGAAACCUUGUCCUUCCUCGCCUGCACAGUUCAUGCCAUGGCCAUGGAAUGACCUUUACCUGUAACUGAGCCCUUGCACUGCUCAGACUGCAGACCAAUCUCUCCUGAAACAUGACUUGGGUCUCAGCAGAGAGACCUUCUUUCCACACCUGAGAACUCUGCUACCACAUGGCACACACAGAGACCUGAGCCUCAAUUUGUCCCAAAGCAAGAGUAAUGUGCAUUCCAAUGGGUGAAAGACCCCCUUCCUUCAUGGUCCAUGUCUCCCCAUCUCAAUCUCUGUGUGUGGAGGACCCUGCUGUGUGUGGAGGACCCUGCUGAAUAAUGGGCAGACAUUGUGAGAACCCCACCCUUCAUCUCCAUCCCCCCACAUAAUAUCCUGAGUCGCAGAGAUACAUGGGAGACUGAGAAAUGGGUCUUGCUGCUUGAUAACACUUGAUAACACAGAGGUGAGGUCUGGAACUCUGCUGCUCUGAUAAUAAUGUGUCUGUCAUUCCCUUGAGGCAUAAUGAAGAGCAAGGUCAGCUCAGGCAUGGAGAACAAACAGGCAUCGGGAAGAGUGGUCCACUAGCUAAGUGCUUGGACUUGGGACAAUUGGGAAUCCAGCACUUCUGAGCUGUUUCCAUUACCAACUGGGUGACCUUGGUCAUGUCACUUGUCCACAGGCUUCUCCUUGUCUGUAAAAGUGAGAAGAUAUGUAUGAAAAUGUAAAGAAUGGGAAGAAGAGCAGGCAAUGAUUGAACCAUGCAGACCCACGAAGGUUGGAGGAUCUAUAGCCAUGGUUGAAGAUGGAAAAGAGCAUUCUUGGCAAAGGGGACAGCAUAUGCCAAGACUCUGAGGCAGGCAGUAGCUGGGCCUGUUGCUAGAAACAGCUGAAGGCCAGUGUGUCUGGAGGAGAGAGAAGAGGUACAGUGAGAUGGAGGGAGCAGGUCUGGAUGCACAGAGUUUUGUAGGCCAUCAUGAGAAAUAUGGAUUUUAUUCUGACUCUCUGGGAGGCUAU